AGUGGAGCGAGCAAUGGAAGAACUUUCUUCGCCAUCUUCUCCAGGAGUCUCACCACUCCAACUAUCACAUUGUAUCGAAGAGCUUUUGAGAUUCACUCUUUCGUCUUAUGUUAAUGAAACACUAGAAUUCGAUCUUGGUUUGUCGAAGGAAUACUGCACCGAUCUCCUUAGAGAUGAUCACUGGGACCCAAAUUCGGAUCGUUCUGGUGAGAUCAUCAAUCUUAUACUGCUGGAGAUGUUAAAGGCCGUUGAGUUUGAACUUCAUGUCCAGGAGCCAUUCUUUUCACAACUAAGAGGUAAAAGUCUGGACACAGAUGACUCGGACUCACUCCUCUGUGACUGGCCUGGAGCUGAACUAGAACCAGAGGGUUUAGUGAACUUGUUGUACCCUCUAUCAGUGAAAGCUCGUGGUAGAGGAAGGGGUGGAAGAAGAAGGGGAAGAAGGGCUGUCAACCUUGAUGCUGAUUUUGAGCCUCUUUUAUUCCGAAAUGCUCAAGAAGAAAUUAGGUAUGGAGAAGAUUUCAUGGAGAUGAACAUAGAAAUUGAACGUGGAGUGGUUCUUGAUGACUUAAGGGCUUUUAAGGAAGAUCUUUCAUAUGUGGAAGAAUCAGUUGAGAUCUUAGACCAGAAUGAUAAAGUUUUGCAGAAUCAAGUUGUCUCGUUGGUGAAAGUCCUUUGGAAGAAUCAUACCAGCCAAGAUGCAUCAUGGGAGCUUGAGUCUGACAUGCGGGAGAAAUAUCCCCAAUUUACUCGCUCUUGCACUCAAAAGUCCACUGCUUUAUAUUCCAUUGAUAAGUAUGUGUCCCUUUCUCACUUACCCUCUUCUAUUCAUACUUUUGCCUUAUCCUUGUCUUCCAACCUUAUUCCCAAAAAUCAUAUUGAGGCUCUUCGUCUUCUUGGUUGGAAGAAGGCCAUGAAUUUGGAAAGGGAUGCUCUAUUAUCUUGUCACACUUGGAGUUUGGUUGAUCUACCUUCUGGAAAGGAACUUGUUAAGUGUCGCUGGGUUUACACCAUCAAUUACCUUUCGGAUGGUUCUGUUGAGCGCCUUAAAGCCCGUCUGGUUGCCAAGGGAUAUAUACAAACUUAUGGUGUGGACUACUUUGAGACCUUUCCUUCUGGUUCUCGGCUGAAUUCUGUGUAUAUGGAGCAACCUCCUAGGAGGUUGCUCAAGGGGAGAAUAGUACUCAGAUUUUCACAGUGUUACUCUGAUCAUUCUGUGUUUGUUCGUCAUCGUGGUGGCAAAUUGGUUAUUCUGGUUGUGUAUGUUGAUGAUAUUAUUGUUUAUGGUGAUGAUGUGUCAGGCAUUGCUGAAUCACAGCUCCAUAAGUUUUUUUGGUUGGUAGUUGUGUGUAUUCUCAUAUGUAGCCUCUUUCUUCCCUCUCCCUCCUUUCUCCAUCGCAGAAUUGGAUCAGGUGCUUUGCUUCUCUUCAACAAAUGUCUGUUGCUUGAAGUUAAGGAUGUUAGACGGUAUGAUUCAUUUUCUGAGAUGUUGGAGUUAGAGUCCCUUCCAAAGGUUUUGCCUGGUGUAAAUUCAAUCGAAGAAGGUGUGCAAAUCUAUCGUAAGUUUUAUACAGAAGAGAAGGCAAAGUCUAAUGGUGUCCUUGCAAUUUGCGUUACAAAACCAACUUCUCAGCCUUACAUUUCCCUUGCUGGCAUAAUUUCUGGAUUGAGUAACGACGGCAUACGUAGCCUUUUGGGCUUGGCCCAUACUGUGGGUUCAGCUCCUGAUGCACUUCCUCCACCAAGAUAUGCUCUGCUAUCAUCUUUUGUGAUGCCUCAUAAGUUAAAUGUUAAAGGUAGUACCUUAACCAAGGGAGCAAGGGCAUUGGCUAAGCAUGUUAACAGGAGUGGUGAUGGAUGGUGGGGUAAUUUUGAUGGAAAUGAUGCCAAUAAGAACAGACUCGCAUUGGAAAUCAUCAGUUCCUUUAUAGCUCAUUGUUGUUGGAUGAACAUCCAUACUGUUCAACCAUAUGGGAGUGCCUUCGAGAUAAGGGUUGCUGAAGGGUAUGGUGCACGGUGGUCUAAAGAUGGUUCAAAGUUCAUAGGAUUUCUCGAACCAUAUAUGGACGGUGGCCAUUCAAGCGGUUGGAAACACUAAAUAUGCUCUUAGGAGAAAAAUAUUGGUCAUUAUGUAAUAUUUCCUGGAUCUUUAAAAUGUGAUUUGAAGAAAUCUGAAUAU